AUGACUACGACGAGGGGGUGCCUUCGGUGGCCAGCUGCGGGGAGGAGUCGGUGCAUCGAGAGGAGGAGCGGUGGCACGUCGGGAGGAGGCGGCGAUCGGAGAGGAUGCGGCCAUAGGGAGGAGGCAGUAGUCGAGGAGGCAGCGGCUAGGGAGGAGGUGGUGGCCGAGGAGGAGGCAUCGGGAGGAGGUGAUGGCUUGGGAGGCAGCGGUCGAGGAGGCGGCGAUCGAGGAGGCGGCAGCCAAGGAGGAGGCAGCGCGGUUGGGGAGGAGUUGUCUGGAAGAGGCGGUGUGGUCGGGGAGGAGGCGGCAGUCGGGGAGGAUGCAGCCGUUGGGGAGGAGCGUCGCUCGGGGAUGAGGAGUGUCAGGAGGAGGAGGAGCGGGCUGAAAUGGUGA